AUGCUGAAAUCAAGUGAUUGUUUUUUUCCAGUGGAUAAUUUGUUUUUCAGUAGCCUGGAUGAAAACUUUCCAGUUAAUGAAAACUCAUUGGAUUGGUUUCUCUCUCCAGCUCCACUGAUUUCAGAAAUUCCAGAUACUCAAGAGUUAGAGGAAGAAAUAGAAAGUUAUAAACAAUUAGGUCAGGAAAAGAUGCCAAAAAUGUUCACAUCAAAUUUGAAGAUUAUUAAUGAAGACACAAAUUGUAUUUCACCCACACAAAAAUUUCAAUGUCCCUCUAAUGUAUAUAAGCAAGGUCAUCUAAAUUUAGGAGGAUCAAGUAACAGUGACUUACCGCAUGCUGCUGGCAAGCUGGUGUAUGGCUCCUCUCAGAAGUAUAAAAUUCACUUUGGCACUGAGAUUGCACCUACAAGCAACAUUCCUGAUGAUAUAAAAUUAGUUAAUGUUGCAGAGGAUAAAGGAGAGGAAACAUCAGCAUUCAGAAAAAGAUUAUUUAAGAUAUGUGACAAUAUACGUGGAUGUGAUUAUGCUAAUGACAGUGUAAAUUUGGACUCUCACAUUGGCUCAGCAAUAAUUACCCCAACAAAAAUAAAUAAAGGGAAGUCAUGGAACAAUACCAAUAAUAAGCAGACACUUCAAUAUUCUACAAGUAGGUUCAUGCCAAAUGAUACUUUUUCUGCAUCUGAAAUUGGAGAAGACAUAUUCAAAGUACCAUCCUUUUCAGUUAUAUCCAGACCUCAUGACAUUCAAGGCUUAACCAAAAAUGACUUAAGUUUCUUGAAGGCUGUCACAGAAAUUCCAACAAAGUUUAGAAGUAUAUUUAAAGAAUUCCCUUACUUCAACUAUAUACAAUCCAAAGCCUUUGAUGAUCCUCUUUACACAUAUAGGAAUUUUGUGAUUUGUGCUCCAACUGGUUCUGGGAAAACUGUACUGUUUGAACUAGCCAUAACAAGAUUGUUAAUGGAAGUACCGUUGCCAUGGUUAAACAUGAAAAUUGUUUACAUGGCACCAAUAAAAGCCCUAUGUAGUCAGCGGUUUGAUGACUGGAAAGAAAAAUUUGGAUCAAUAGGCUUGAAUUGUAAAGAACUCACUGGAGAUACGGUAAUGGAUGACCUCUUUGAGAUUCAACAUGCCAAUAUAAUUAUAACAACUCCAAUUGCAGAAUGGCUUUCAGAUGGUGAAAGACCUGCUGUAUGUUUGAAAAUGGAUGAGAGCCAUAGACCUGUGAAACUCAAGAAAGUGGUUCUGGGAUUUCCCUGCAGUAGUAACCAAACUGAAUUCAAGUUCGAUUUAACCCUCAACUACAAAAUUUAUAGUGUUAUACGAACAUAUUCUGAUGAGAAGCCCACACUUGUGUUUUGUGCAACAAGGAAAGGUGUACAACAGGCUGCUUCUGUUCUUGUGAAAGAUGCUAAGUUUACUCUCACUAUGGAACAGAAACAAAGGUAUAGUUUUUUUUUAAUUUCUUUUCUUGAAAGUAGGACUUUGAAAUAUCAUUUAGGUGAAAUGAGAAAAGUGAUACAUUCCUUAACCUUGGACAAGUUAUUUGAUAAUCCAAGUAUUAUUACUACUAGUACUUUAGCUAUGGGAGUAAAUUUGCCAGCUCACCUGGUAAUUAUAAAAUCUACACUGCAUUAUGCUGGAGGAAUUUUUGAAGAGUACAGUGAAACAGACAUCCUACAGAUGAUUGGUAGAGCUGGCCGACCUCAGUUUGACACUACAGCUACUGCAGUUAUCAUGACUCGAUUAAGUACAAGAGAGAAGUACGUUCAGAUGUUAGCUUGCAAUGACACUGUAGAAAGCAGCUGUUGUGAAGAAUGCAGCAAUAUACAUGAAUGUGCAAGUUUUAUAUCUGGAUUGAACAAAGAUGGAAUUGAAGCAAAAUUACAAGAAUUGUGUUUGAAGAAUCUGAAAGCUUUAUCAUCACUAGACUUGAUUAAGAUGGAUGAAGAUGUUAAUUUCAAACCAACAGAGGCAGGAAGAUUGAUGGCUUGGUAUUAUAUUACAUUUGAGACAGUGAAGAAAUUUUGUAAAAUCAGUGGAAAAGAAACUUUAUCAGAUUUGAUUUCAAUGCUAUCCAGCUGCAAUGAAUUUCUAGAUGUACAGUUAAGGGUAAAUGAAAAGAGAACAUUGAAUACUUUGAACAAAGAUCCAAAUCGGAUAACUAUCAGAUUUCCAAUGGAAGGGAGAAUUAAAACAAGAGAAAUGAAAGUAAAUUGUCUUAUUCAGGCUCAGCUAGGAUGCAUUCCUAUACAAGAUUUUGCUUUGACACAAGACACUUCAAAGAUUUUCAGAAAUGGCUCACGAAUUGCAAGAUGGCUGUCAGAUUUUAUUGCUGCCCAGGAAAAGAAGUUUGCUGUGCUGUUGAACAGUUUAAUUUUAGCUAAAUGUUUUAAGUGUAAACUUUGGGAAAACUCUCAACAUGUAUCUAAACAACUAGAUAAAAUUGGCAUAUCAUUGUCAAAUACCAUGGUAAAUGCAGGUUUGACCUCUUUUAAAAAAAUAGAAGAAACAAGUGCAAGAGAGCUUGAACUGAUUUUAAGUAGACAUCCACCUUUUGGAACCCAGAUAAAAGAAGCUGUGAUGUAUCUACCAAAAUAUGAAGUUGAAGUAGAACAGGUUGCAAGAUAUAGUGAUACCAAGGCAGAAAUCUUAGUGACUGUUAUAUUAAGAAACUUUAAACAGCUACAGACUAAAAGAACAGCACCAGAUUUUCACUAUGCUACCUUAAUCAUAGGUGAUGCAGAUAAUCAAGUAAUUUUUAAGCACAAAAUUAUGGAUUCUGCAUUACUAAAAGCUGGAAAUUGGGCUAAAAAAAUUGAUGUGAAGAGAGCUUUUGCAUCUGAAGAUCUUAGCAUAAAUCUAAUUAGCUCUGACUUUGUUGGUCUUGAUAUUCAGCAGAAAUUUGCAGUCUUUUAUUUAGGACCCAAGUGGUUUGGAAACCAAACAGUUAUACAAAGAAAAUCAGAAACAGAGAUUUCCCAUUCUAAAUACUCAGAUAGAUCUACUAUAGCAGGAUCCAGUAAAGGAACAGCUGCCUGCAAAAAACCUGGGAACAGAGAAUGCAAUCAUCAUUGUAAAAAUAAACAUACGUGUGGACAUGACUGCUGUAAAAUUGGAGUUGCACAAAAGUCAGAAAUUAAAGAGUCAGCAAUGUCUUCAUACUUAUCUGACCUAAGAAGCAGAAAUGCUGUUUCAACUCUUCCUCCAGUUAAACGUCUCAAGGUACAAAUGAACAAAUCUCAAAAUGUGGACCUUAAAGAGUUUUGUUUUACUCCAAGGCCGUCCCUUCCCAGUAUAUCAAGGUCAGAAUAUUUAAACAUUCCUGAAUUGCCUAUAUUGGAACAGUGGAAUCAGCAUGAAGUCUGUGGAAAAGUUCAACAAAAACCAUCUGAAUAUGGAGGCAAGGAAGUUUUGAAUGUGAACUUUGAACUUGGAGAUGAAGUUUGGGAAGAUUUUGAUGAUGAAAGCUUAUUAGAAGUUACUAGUUUUUCAAAUGAUACUGAGAAGAUGACGAUAUCAGGAUUUGAAAACACUAUGAGUUCAAGUGCCAGGGCCAGUAGGCUACCCUUCCAAGAGUCAAAGAGCAAAUUCCAAAGAAAAAUGUCAGACAGUUUUGUUUCAUCAUGUGAUAAACCGGAUAUUUAUUUGCCAAAUUGUUCCAUGUCCAAGUUCAGUCCAUCCUCUGUGGCACUUCAGCAACCUGGAAAUGCAAGUACUGUCAAUUCACAAGAGAGAAAACAAAUGGGUCUGUCACCAGUGAUCGAGAGGCUCUACCUUCCUCGCUCUAAAAAAAUACCCAAUUCUGAUUUUAAAGAGGUGGAUAUUUUUGUUGGAAACAGUGAUUCUAAAAAGGAAAUUGAUCUCAGUAGGUAUUAUUCUGAUAAUGCAGCUGAAGAAAUGAAAGCCUUUCUGGGAAUAUUUGAUGAUGUUUUCUAA